GCCGAGGAGGGGGCACUGUUGUCAUCCGUCAGACGGCUGUGUGUCGAGCUUUUGUCCAGGAGAAAUGGCUGGGAUUAAAGCUCUCAUCAGCCUGUCCUUUGGAGGGGCCAUUGGCCUCAUGUUCCUCAUGCUAGGAUGUGCCCUCCCUGUGUACGACAAAUACUGGCCUUUGUUCCUCCUCUUCUUUUACAUCCUCUCCCCCAUCCCUUACUGCAUCUCUCGGAGGGUGGUCGACGACACAGACUCGGCCAGUAACGCCUGCAAAGAGCUGGCCAUCUUCCUCACGACGGGCAUCGUCAUCUCAGCCUUCGGCCUGCCCAUCGUCUUCGCAAGAGCUGAAGUAAUUGCCUGGGGGGCGUGUGCGCUCGUGCUAACGGGUAACGUAGUCAUCUUCGGAACCAUCCUGGGCUUCUUCAUGGUCUUUGGAUCCAACGACGACUUUAGUUGGCAGCAGUGGUAAAACAGCAGAGGGAGGGGGACCUUAGUCUGAACUGUUUUUAUUAGCGUUACAAUUAUUAUUAUGGUAUUACUGUUUGGUUCUUGUUGUUGUUAUUUAUAUGAUGACCGCCCAUCCAUAGACUCACACCAAACCAGUGCAAUACUUUCUUUAUUCUUAUGUUUUUUUUUUUUUGUUUUUUUUUACCGCCUGCAUCAUAUUGAACUGACACCACAAGUGGGAUGGAAAAAUGCUGACUUUCAGUUGGAUUUUUACUCAUUUUUAGUUCUCCUCUUUUGACUUCUGUGUUUUUGAAUUUUUCUCCAUUUGUGUGUUUCAUUUUGAGCCUCAUAAGCUGAUGAACGCGGGUGAACAACUGCUGGUUUUAUCUGUGAAAAAACAUGUUUAAAAAAAGUAUCCAAGCGAAUGUCGAGUAAAGACCUAAUCUGACCAAAAAGGACAGGGUCACACCUGCCUGGGCUCCUUUCUCAAUUUAGUAGAAGCGUUUCUGCUUUCUGUACACUUCUGUGCAUUUCCAGAAAUAUGCUGAGUUGAGCGGAAAACUGAUAAAAAAUCUGCACAAAUCAAGCUCAGAUUUCACCAAUUACGAUGAGGAACAGCUCUAUUUCCAUUUGGCAUGAUCAUUAUUAGAUUGAAACUGUGUAAAUUUUUUCUCAAAGUAAAAAAAGGGGGAAAUUCAGCUGAUGGCAAGCAGAUUUUCAAUAAGCUUUCUGCUGAAGUAAUGUUACAAUUGCUAAGCUGUGAAAGUCUGGAAGGUCAGGUUGUUUUUUUGUGAAAGAACUGGGCUGUUACUGCCACUAACUCUUCAUCUUUCAAACCCUGUUAUGUGAGUAAAUGUAAGUUGUCUUCCCAGCAGUAUGUAUCUGUGUGGGACUAUAAGUAUGUUUCUUUAAUGUCUGCAAUCCAUAAACCUCAUAUUUUAUCACACAAAAUGAGGAGACGGUGUUCAGGGGCAGCAGAGCGUAGAUUUUCUGUCUGAUCUUAGACGAGAGGAUUCAUUCAAACACCCUCACCGUUGCUGCAGAGAUCAAAUUAUACCGACCUGGUGAUUUCCCAGGUUCCCAGCUGGAUGCAGGCUGCUUAUUCACCAUGUUAUUUUUGCAUAUGAUAGCUGUUACCUCACUCCGUAUAUUGGGUAAGCGUCGCCGUGUCAGGUCAAAGAAAGCAUGAAAAGCCUUUUAGUAGCCGCCAGCUAGCAUAGGAUUAGCCCGAGGACAGCAGCCUUGUUGGAAACUGAGCCAAGCUAAGAACCGGGCGACUUAUAACCGAGGCCUGGUCAGUCACUAACAGCCCUUAAGCUUUUCAAUGUGACUCCUUCAAAGUAAAAGAACCGUGUUGUAUUUCUCUCUCUAGAAGCACAUUAGGUCCAGAUUUGGCGCACACGCCGAAACAUUUCCUCACACCAGCAUUUUCACGAUAAAAACACAGUUAUGUUUUACGAUCUUUCUUUUUGAAGUGUUUCUACGCUCUCCGGUCUGUGUGAAGGAAAUUUGUACAUUGGGUUGUGUAAUCUGUCAGCAGCUUACAGCCUGCAGUCAGUCAGGUGCAGCUCUCUCGUUUGCUGUUUAACUGCAUUAGUGGUAGCUAAACAAGGAAUUUAGCAUCUGCUGCCUCGUUGAAGCACUGCUGUGUUGACACAUUUCCUUUAGAUAGUCAUUCUUUUGGGGGGCUUUGUCUUGAAGAUGUGUUCUCUGGAAGAAGAGGAAAAAAACAUUUUAAAUAAGGACUAAUGUUGACGUACUAUAAUUCGUUUAAAUUUUGUCCCAAUAUUUUGUAAUUUUUCUUAAUUAGGAGCUGUACUUUACCGUGGGUUUCUAUACAUAGCAGAUUUCCAAUAAUACUAUCAGAGAAGCUUGUGAGUACAUAAAAGCCACAUUACUUGUCCCACAGUAUAACUUUCACUUUCAGAAUGUCAUGUUAACCACACAUACAGUUAAUAAAACACAUUAAAGGGGAUGUCCUGGGGAAAUUGGCUUUUCUUUUAAGAGUAAAAUGAGAUCAUUAAGAUCAAGCUACUCGAAGCACAGACAUGAGAUUAUCUGCCUUCUCAUCUAAAAUCACAUUAGAGCUAAAAUUUACAAAGAAAGUAAAAACAAAAAGUAAAACUCCACACUGUUUCCUACGUAAACUAAAAACACUAUGAGAAGAGAAAUGUAUUGGAAAUCAGCUAAGAGAACCCACAGCUAAAGCUGCUUACUGACACCUGGGAUUUAGUACUUAAAAAUUGGCCUCGACCCUUCACAUACAGCUGUAAUAUGUAUUUUUUUUUUUAACUUUCUUGUCUGUUACGUGACUCUUCCAGAGAUCACAAUAACCUCAGUGAAGGCACUGAUUGUAUUAAAAGCACCAUAAUGAUGGCAGCUUUUUAGUUCCAGGUGAAAAUGUAUUGAGUUAAGUUACUGACUAUUGAAAACUACUGACGUGAUUUGUGCAUAUUGUUAUGUAACACCACUUUGAAUCUAAAUGAACUACUCUGAACAGUAGAUUUACUCUCUGGUUGGACAAGCAGGGUAACUCCACGAACGUCUGUACGACACUAUGAAUUUUAAGCUCAAUUUGUGAAAAAGUUCUCUGACUCUCCGUUUUGUAGUCUGAUGUUAAAACUCCCCAAUUUGACAGAAUCUGGUGUGUAGCGGUGGGAUGGGUUUCCUUGUGUUUCCUGUUUUAAGAGAAAUGUUACACUUUGUUUCUCACAGAUUUUGGGAGGAUGUUGUAUUUAUUUAUUUUAUCGGAUGCUUCGUGUCAAUGUCCAGCCAUUUUCUGUCUACAACUUGUUCUGUUAAAGAGGCAGAAGUCAGCAUGGUGGUUUUCUUUUUUUUAAUAAACGCCAUUUUUGAA